CCAGAAAUAGAGAGAGAAGUAAAAAAGGCGGGAGUGAGACCAGAAGAUCGGCCCGAUUUGGUUACAAGGGUCUUUAAGAUAAAGCUAAACAAUUUGAUAGCCGAUUUGAAAGAUCAGAAUAUAUUCGGCCAUCCAAGAGCAUUGGUCUACACGAUAGAAUUUCAAAAAAGGGGACUGCCGCAUGCCCAUAUUGUGUUGUUCUUACAACCAGAGUUCAAACUAAGGGAGUGUGAUGAUAUAGACAAAGUCAUAUCAGCCGAAUUGCCGGAUCCGAAUCUCGACUAUGAGCUCUUUAAUGCGAUGCAAAGCACAAUGAUCCAUGGACCAUGUGGAUAUCUAAACAAGAAAGCACUGUGCAUGGAAAACGGAAAGUGUGGCAAAUAUUAUCCAAGAACUUUUAACCAAUUCACAACAGUGCGUGAAGAUGGUUAUCCAAUCUAUAGAAGGAAUACCGGUAUCACGGC